AUGGCGGGUGAUCCGGUGGAGACUUCACCAACACCCUACAUGAUCGGACGAGAAGAUACUGGAUCCUCAGAUUCCAGCCUGGAACCUCAGGGCCACAGAGACCGCGCGGAGCGUCCAUGUCGUUCAGAGGCCGCCGCAAGGCUCCUGGAGCGCUUACACGCGGAACAGGGUGGAGAAGCUCCAGUGAGUCCAGUGAGUCCUGAGGCAAGUACCAAAGCACCCAUCAGUCCAUCCCAGGUGGAGGAAGUACAGCCGCUGGUGCAAACCGCUGGAAAUAAUUGGUGCAGCAUCAUGUAA